ACCUUUUCAACGUUGGCAGCCGGGACUUUCCCAGAGACAACAACCGACUUUAAGCCAGCUUUACCUCCUACACACACACAGACAUUCCAGACAUUGCACACACAUGGAAACCGAAAUUCUCCCCACCAUUUUGGAUACAUACCCUUUUCAUGACCAUGAAAGUGUCCUGACAGCAAAUUCAACCUAUUCACUGAGACCGACAUUGAAAACCACCCUCGUUUGCGCAUCGCAUCGUUUGUAGCCUGCAAGGACAGCUACCUCCAUUCUGGCUUUCCUCUUCGACCGGUCUCUUUCCAACAUUCGCGGAAGCAUAGGUGGAGGGAAUAUAUACGAAUUCGACUUGCGAAUGAAUCUUUGGUAUCGUGGUUCAGACGUACUUCCCGCACACCGUCAUUCCCUGCUUUUUACCGGUACUCAUGAAGGUCCUCGUCAAAAGAAACUCGCCAAAAGGACAAUGUUCGAAACUGGACUGUGCCACCCAAAGAAUGAUGGUCAAAACCUUCGAAAUUUGUCAAUACCACGCAGAGGCAUGUUUUUGACAACAUGAAGAGGGCACUGCAGAGGUACUGGAAUGGAAUCCUCGCUAGACCAUCACGAGGCGUCCUACCUGGCAUUCCGUCGGGAAAGGAGAUAAUUGCCUCGUGGAUAGCCACAUUUAUCGGUAUUGGUGUUGUUACUGCGCUCCAUUACCACGCACCAGCUUUACUUGCUGCUGAAGUUCCAGUCGUGGUUGCCUCGUUUGGAGCCUCUGCCGUGCUUAUCUACAACACAAUAGAAAGUCCUCUCUCCCAGCCAAGGUGUCUUUUGGGUGGACACAUUUUCUCCGCGGUCGUAGGAGUAACUGUUCAAAAGAUCAUUUCCGCGUUGGCUGAAGCGACAAAGACCGAUGUACUACAAUGGAGAUGGUUUGGUUGUGCUCUUGCUGUAUCCUGUGCCAUUUUCGUUAUGCAGGUAACCAAAACCACACAUCCACCAGGUGGAGCUACGGCGCUUGCUGCUGUUCUCGGCCCAGAUCCCGUCUGGCAUUUAGGGUACCUGUACGUUGCAUCACCAGUCGCGCUUGGGGCAGUUUUACUAUUAUCCGUCGCGGUACUAGUCAAUAACGCAUUUGGACGACAAUAUCCACAGUACUGGUUUGUACCGACCCCACCAGUCCUACAAGAUGGUUCAUCAUCAAGUCCGCUCCAUGAACUAAAGUUGGAAUGUGACGCGACUGCAGUCAUAUCACACCAUGACAAUAUGCAUGUUGAUGAUGGACAUCGUUUAUCUGUAUCAGUAUCGACUCGUGCCCACGACCUCCAACAGGCAGAGCGACUAAUAGAGCACGGGGCGGGACUUGGGGUAGGGGACGGACAAGUUGGCGGCGUGCAUGGAGGAUCUGCCAGUUUGGCUGGGGAGCGAUUCAGGCGUGGAAUAUCCUCCCAUAGCUUAAAUUCGUCUUCACCACCAGCAGAUGGUGUUCAAGAUAUGCCUUAAUGAUAAAAGUGUAAAUAACUAGGAGUUAUGGGGACUUGUCAUGUGACUAAUAGAUGCGCGUAACUAAGCACUAUGACUUCAUCAUUACCCGACA